AAGUACAUCGCCCCAACGAAGUAUGCUCUAUGCGGCGAUCAGCUCGACCCGCGCCUACCUCUGCACUUGGCCGUAGCCGAAGGGUUCGCGCAGCUGACCAAGCGCAUUCUUGGCUGUCGACCAGACCUCGCGUCACAAGUCCUCAUCUUCUUGGCCUUCUGGACAGACCACCUCGAGAUCGCAGAGCUCCUCUUGCAUGCGCGCGAGACCAUGCCCGAGCUCUCUUUUCGCGACAUUCGCCAGAACAACUCGGCACGGUGCACUGCGUACCAUAAGAGCUUGCAAUACGCUGUGGCCAAAACGCUGGCUCGAGACGACUCGAGAGGCCUUCUUUUGCUCCAGCGCUUCGGCCCGCGCCCCGACGAUUUGAAAAACUAUGAGCGCCGGCUCGCGAUCCAAGAGGCGACGCUCGCCAACUUGACGCUGGCACUCGACCUUUUUCCGUGGCUUUUUUACCCAAGUCUCAUGGACGAUAUUGCAGGUCGAGGCUUCUUGCCGCUCGUGCGCUUGCUGCACGAACGCGGUGUCGACUGCUCGACAGACGCAAUGGACAAGGUAGCGGCCAACGGGCAUUUGGAGGUCGUCUGCUUUUUGCAUCUGUACCGACGGGAGGGUUGCACCAGCUACGCCAUGGACAUUGCUGCCGGCAACGGUCAUCUGGACGUUGUCACGUUUCUUCAUGUCAACCGGUCCGAAGGCUGUACGGUCGACGCUCUCGACAGGGCUAUCUCCAACGGCCAACUUGACGUUGUCCGCUUCCUCCUCGAGCACCGAUUUGAAGGCGCAUCGCUCAAUGUUCUCGACGAUGCUGCUGUGAAUGGUCACUUUGGCGUCGUCCAGUACCUCCAUUCGCUCGGCUCGUUUGGCUGCACAGUCGGCGCCGUCGACGGCGCAGCGCGAUGCGGACAUUUGGAGAUCGUCACGUUUCUCUUGACGCACCGAAGCGAAGGCUGCACCCUCGAUAACGUAGUCGACAUCGCUAUGGCGCACGGACAGCUGCAAACGGCCGAGUACCUCCUCUCACUCGGGUGCCCGUUCCCGACGUCAAUGAGUCGCUGUGACGAAGACGCCUUCCGCAAGCCCGAGAUGGUUGGCGUCAUGCAGCUCUUGAUUGCACGCGGCUAUUCGAUGGAAAGCAAAUGGUUGUUCAAAGCGUGCGAGGUCAACAACGUACCGCUCGUGCGUUUCCUGUGCUCGCACUUGGGGACUGCCUCGCGCCGCAAAGCGCUCCAUACAGCCAUGUGGGCAAUGGCGUGGGACGUUGUGCGCUAUCUCUUGGCCACCGACACGAAGGAGGUGUCGGCACGCACUCAACUCAAGCAGGCGCUAUGCUCUGGCAACUUUGAGGCCGCGGCGCACAUUUUGCAGGACCAGCCAGGGCUUAGCAGCGCCAGUCGCUUGAAGGGAUGCCUCAACUUGGAGGCGACGCGAUAUCUGCUCUCUGCCGGUGACUUUCGCGAGUGUCUCGUUACGCUUGCAGGUCGACAACAGCACGUGACCGCGAGCAAGAGCUUGCUGCCGUACUGCAUGCACGCGAUCGACCAUCUCGACAACGUCAGCUUUCUUCUCGAUCUGCUCGCGCUGCCCAACCGCCGCCGUGCAACGAUACUCCAGUUGAUCACGCCUGAGCUCCUGGACCAAGGAAAGAAGGCCAGCGAAUCCACCCAAUUGGCUUCUUGCGCGGCAGCGCGGGCAUCAGCCCAGCUGGAGGCGGGUGAGGUUGUCGACUGGGCGCUAGCGCUCGUCAUUGGUCAUCUUCACGUGACCAAUGCGACGCCGACCAUUGAGCAGCUCGAGAAAAAGAUAUCUUUGGUUCAGGACGGUCAGCUCCAGAUGCAGCUGACACGCCAGCAAACGCAAGCGUCCCGUUAGCUCAAAUAGCAAAUGGUGACUGGAUCCGCAAGCAGAGACCGAUUUUGCAACGAAAGCAAUGGGCCCCACCAUCGGGCAAAAAGAGCACAGCACGCCGAUAGCGUCCUCUUGAGAAUGAAGAUGUACUCAGUCCA